GUGACAGUUGGUUUGUUUGAUUAGGCUCUCUCUUCUCUCGCUAGGCAAUCUGCUAUUAUUGCUUGCAAAAUAAAUAAGAACUAAGUGAAAUUUAAUUAUAUAUACAUAUAUUUUACAACAAUAAAACGUGUGAGUGUUGCCUGCAAGCAAGUUCUACGUUGCGGCGUAGGUGGUGCGGCUAGAGAGUGACGACUCGCAAUUGGGAUUUGGAGCACGCAGGCUGUUUGGUGAAAUUUGUUGUUGUUGUUGGAGCUUCAGCCCCUGCCCCUACAUACAUCCAGCAACGCACACACACACAUAAUUUAUAUAUAUACAGACACAAACCGACUUACACAUAUACAAAAUGCUGUGUAUACGAUUUUAGCAGUGAAUUGAACAGACGGCAGGAAUAUAUUUAAACUAUUGUAAACAAAAGAAUAAGUGCCAACAAAAUUUAUACAAGAUCAGCGCCGAAAAUUAUUCACAGCUGGUGAAUGCAAAGUUUCCAGUUGGCAGUUGAAUAGCAGCGCGAGCAAUGGCAACAAGUCGAAGCGAAGACGAACAGCAGGAUGUCGCAGCCUCUCAGCAGCUGCUCCGGGAGCGUUUAUUGAACGGCAGUCACGAGGCUAAGUCGAAUGGGAGCGCAGCUUCAUCAAUUAGCACCAACUAUUAUAGCUCUGGCACGUUUAUGAAAUUAAAAACCUAUUUGCUCGCCUUGCGUCCUUGGUCACUGUCAGCCAGUUUAGUGCCCACGCUGCUCGGGUCCGCCCUAGCAUAUCGGUCGCAAUGGUCGGAUGACUUUUCCAUGCUCACAUUUUUCUUAACCGCCUUCACUGUGGUCACGGUGCACUGCGCCGGCAAUGUGGUCAAUACUUACUUUGACUACAUCAAAGGUAUCGAUAAACAAAAGGCUGACGAUCGCACUCUGGUCGAUCAUAUACUCACCAAAGAUGAGGUAGUUUCAUUGGGUGCUAUUUUGUAUUUGGCGGGCUGUGGAGGCUUUGUACUGCUCGCCGUGCUGAGUCCAGCUAAAAUGGAACACUUGGCACUCAUUUACUUUGGCGGCCUAUCGUCGAGUUUCCUCUACACGGGUGGCAUUGGUUUCAAAUACAUUGCACUCGGGGAUCUUGUCAUCUUAAUACUGUUCGGGCCGACUUCGGUGCUAUUUGCGUUCAUGGCGCAGACGGGUCACGUGGACUGGACAACAAUGGGCUAUGCCAUACCACUAGCUCUAAAUACAGAGGCCAUAUUGCAUAGCAAUAAUACACGAGAUGCGGAAAGUGAUGGCAAAGCCGGCAUUGUGACGCUGGCCAUACUCAUUGGACGGACUGCCUCCCAUGUUCUCUAUGCCAUGCUGCUCUUUACUCCCUAUUCGCUUUUCUUCAUUUUUGGAUUGAAGUAUUCACUGUGGUUCCUGUUACCGUUAAUAACGCUCCCACAAGCAUUUCAAAUCGAGAAACGUUUUCGCAACGAGCAAACGAUGGCUGCGGUGCCACGGCAGACGGCGAAACUCAACUUCUUCUUUGGCAUACUCUAUAUAGUCGCCUGCUGCUGUGCCCAGCAGCUCCCAACUUUUGUGUGGCGCAAAAACUAAAACUAGGAGAUGAAAGCAACGAUAUCUAUAAAAAU